AUGCUGCUUCUGAUCCUUCUCCUUAUCCUCUUCGCCUGUAAGCCAUGGCGCUACUUCUCCUCCCUUUCUUCUCCUUCUCGCACUCUCAAGGUUGAUGACCUAGAGAGGCCCCUUGUUUUGGAUGAUGCAAAUCCCCGCGACCAAAGCAGUGAAUUGACGAGAAGUAAUGAUCUAGAGGGAGCAUAUAGUCAAAAUGAAGCGUUGUUGCGCUCUCCUCGGACUCAUGGACUUGUAUAUAAACAUAGGCUGCCUUCGACAUCUCCCCAGUUGAACCAAGGUGAUAGCGUGCUUUUAGAUGUAGUUUCAGAUCCGAUAGAGGAUCUUUCAGUUGGCCAAACCCUCAGGUGCCUUUCAUUGACGGAACGCUUAGCUGAAGUGCAAAAUCAUGUUCGACUGGAAGAUCAGAGUCCUAAUGUUAGAUCUGGUUUGGAAAAUGAUUUACUUCAAGAGUUUGUGCCUCAGGUCAUCGCUGAUCAAGGAAGUUAUCUCUCUCUAGAAGUCAUCUCUGGUCCUUCUCGUGGGCUCCGUUGCUCUAUAGAGUCAAUAAGUGCUUCAAGGCUUCCACUGACCCUUGGGAGGGUUUCCAGUGACUUGUUGUUGAAGGAUUCAGAGGUGUCGGGGAAGCAUGCAAUGAUCAAUUGGAAUGCGGAUAAAAAUAAAUGGGAGUUGGUAGACAUGGGUAGCCUAAAUGGAACACUUUUGAAUUCUCAGCCGAUUAGCAAUCCCGAUUCUGGAAGUAGACGUUGGGGUGAACCUGUUGAGCUUUCAAGUGGAGAUAUUAUAACUCUUGGCACAACCUCAAAUGUUCAUGUUCAUGUGACAUCUAAAUCCGAGAGCCAGACACCCUUCGGAGUGGGUAUGGCAUCAGAUCCCAUGGCUUUGCGCCGAGGAGGAAAGAAGCUUGCCAUGGAAGAUGUGUGCUAUUAUCAAUGGCCCCUUCCUGGCAUUCCCCAGUUUGGAGUAUUUGGUAUUUGUGAUGGACAUGGUGGAGUAGCUGCUGCAAAAUCUGCUAGCAAAAUGCUUCCUGAGAAGGUUGCCAGUAUUCUCUCAGAUUCUCCUACGAGGGAGAGGGUUUUAUCACAAUGUGAUGCCUCAGAUGUGCUUAGAGUUGCAUUUUCUCAAACUGAAGCUAAUAUGAACAACUAUUACGAGGGUUGUGCUGCAACAGUGCUUCUGGUUUGGGUUGAUAGCAAUGAAAAUUUCUUUGCACAAUGUGCAAAUGUUGGAGAUGCAGCUUGCGUUAUAAAUGUUGAUGGGAAGCAGAUUAAGAUGACAGAAGAUCACAGAGUAAGUAGUUACUCCGAAAGACUUCGACUUAAUGAAACGGGAGAACCAUUGAGAGAUGGGGAAACACGCCUUUAUGGCUUGAACCUUGCUCGGAUGCUUGGUGAUAAAUUUCUGAAACAACAGGAACCCCGCUUUAGUUCAGAGCCUUAUAUAAGUGAAACUGUACAUAUUAAUCAAGCAAGCAGUCCUUUUGCACUAUUGGCAAGUGAUGGCUUUUGGGAUGUCAUUAGUCUUAAGAAGUCUGUCCAGCUUGCCACACAAGCAAAGGAGAGAUAUUCUGCAGAUGGAGAGAAUGUCGCCGAGAAGGUUGCAAAUUUUUUGUUGACCGAGGCUAGAACCUUGCGAACAAAGGAUAACACCUCUAUAAUUUUCUUGGACUUUGACAGAAAACUUAGAAUAUCUUGUAAAGUUGAUUCUUAA